AUGGCGGUCUCGAAGGCGAGGUCGUUCGCCCCUCCGAAGGUGCCUGCCCAUCAGCUGCUACGGCUGUCCCUGGGCUACGGGCUGGCUGGCAGGCUGCUCGAGACGAAGGGGCAGGUGAUCGAGCAUGUGACGCAGCAGAGGGUGGAGUCCAAGCAGUCGCUGAGGCCUCGUUCCCCUGCUCGAACGCCGUCGAUGCUGGCGCGACUUCUGACAGUUUACCACGAGGAGGGCUGGCAUCAGGACUCCCACGGCCUUUGGUUCCAGGUGGACCCCAGUGGGAUGAAGGUACUCCCGGCCGGGCCUCGCGUGCAGCGGCCGGGACAGAAGAUGAGAUCCCGCAGCAAGUUCCAGAAGCAGUUCGUGGAGGGCUUGAACAAGCUGAAGGUCAUCAAGCGCAAACCGAAGUUGGACAUCCGCAUGGGCAGGGUGCUGGCGAGGAAGCUCUUCGAGGCCAAGGUGAGGAUCAGGGACGACCAGUACUUCGAGAAGGGACCGAGUCGGGUGGAGGACCUGCCCAAGCAGUGCGCGACGGAGGCCAAGAAGCCCGACCUCAAGAUCAAAACAUCUUCGGAUCCCGCUCGAAGCGCAUGGCGUGCAACCUACCAGCGUCACAGCCUGUGCUCGUGCAGCAGCGCGUCAAGGAGGAGAUGA